AUUGACCAAUUUCGGGCGCGAUCCCGGUCAUAUCAGAUGUCGCUCGAGGAAACUAACCCAUCCGCUACGUCUAGCACUCUUGCGUCGAAAAGCGUGGAUUCCAAAAAGGGAACAACUGUUACAUAUGCUCCAGUAUCGCCGAAUGGGCCCAACACCGAGUACAGAGGGAAUGAAUCUUUCGCAUCCAAGGAACACAAGCCCGGAAAUCAUGCUGAUGCCCGGUGGCUACCCUAUACUCUACGAGGUUAUCUCAUAUGGGUUCCUGCGGGGUUUUCUCUUGCUCUAGGCUUGACUGUAAUACUCUUGUACUGGAAAUCGCAAAAGAACAAUGGCAUCGCCUCGGCAUCAUCGGCUGUACUGGGCUGGCAAUUCAUACCCACCCUUCUGGCCAUCGUAUAUACGCAGCUCACUACCAUGCUGUUUGAAGACGUCAAACGAACCGAGCCCUUUGCGCGGUUAGCACGACACAGUGACAGCCCUACAAACACUUCGCGGACACUUCUCGACACGCAAACAUUUUGGUGGUCAACAUUAUUACAAGCCUUUCAAAAGAAGCAUAAUGGCGGGCGGCGAAGCUGGGGCAUCGUUCUGGCAUGUCUAGUGAACGUUUUGGCUUUCAUGGCUAUCUCGCCACUCUCUUCCGCACUACUUAAUCCGGCGGAAGUUGCUGUUUCGAGACCUCUGCAGAUAUCCCGCUUGAUACCGAAGACAAGCGCUAGCAUGAAAGCUGUGGACGAGCGCGAUACCUAUUUCAGAACCUUGGGAUCCCUCUUACAGAAUGUGACAACGUCUCCUUGGAUCUCGGAUGACUAUGUCGUGCUGCCUUUUAGGCCAAACGAAGCUUUCGAUUCACGUGGCGUAAGCAGCGCGUUGGAGGAGAACCCUUGGGACCCUCAAAAUGCAGAUGUUCCUCAGAUCUGGACGGCAGAUACAACCAUAUUUCGAAACAAUUUGAAAUGCUCGAAACUGACCGUGGCAUCAAAAAAUGUAGACGAGAAGACAACAACUACACUGGGGUCUAGUGCUGAAUUUACGGCCACGAUCAAUCUCGAAUCUUCAGAAGGUUGUCAAAUCAAGCUCUCUGCCGACGCUGAAUCCAGCCUGGGGGAUAUCAGGGCAUGGUAUGACAAAACCACUUUCGCGACAAAGAACACGAGACUUUCUUGGGUGUUUGAUCCUGUUACAUACAACAAGUGCGACGGCGAAGAAGUUAUCUUCCUUAGCUCCGGAUGGUUGCAAAAAGAUAGUCUCUCCUCUUCCUCGAACUCGACCUCCACGCCGCAAUUCAUGUCCAAUAUGACGGUAACGAGCCAUCUUUGCUCUUCUGAGCAUACCAUGGCGACGCUUCCGGUGACAGUCUCGGUAUCUGGUGGCACAUUCAGCGUGGAUUUCGACAAAGACCAAUUCAGCAAGGUGAAACAACCGGUCUCGGACAAGUCACUCGACUUGAAUGGGUUCAAGGAAGUAUACACGAAUCCCAAAUGGAACGAGUAUGUCGUGGCACCCCGCGAAUACCUCGGUCUGUCAUCUAUCUUGGGCACGCACUAUAACUUCGACUUGCUUGAAAUGUUGGCUGACGAACACGUUCCUCAGAAUGCAAUGCGCAUUCGAGGUCGGCACUUUGGGGAACUGCUACGCACAUCGCUUGAACAGCGUGAUGGAUCCGAAGUCGACAAAGUGUCCGGAACGAAGACUACCACAGAACGAAGAAUUAUCGUCCGUUUCGAGAUUGCGGUUGCUCUAGCUGCAUUAUUCUUUCUCUCUUUCCUGAUGCUCGCUCAUCUUACCUGGAUAUCGCGACUUCGACAGCGGCCAUUGAACUUGACCCACGAUCCUGCGACUGUUCUUGGAUGUGUUUCCUUGAUCGCUUCCAACCCGCAAGUUUUGGCAUCGCUACGCCACCUUGACCAGUCCACACAGAAAGAGUUGGAAUCAGAGCUGAAGUUGAAACAGUUUUAUACGUCACCGGGGCAGCUUCAUGAACGUCACGAAUCUGGGCGUCCCGUAUCGACAAGCAUAUCCUCUAAACCGUCAACGGGUAACGAGAAGCGCGUUCCUAUCAUGCUAAAAUUCAGGGGUCUCGUAAUGCUUCUCGCGUAUUUGCUAGCUCUCCUCGUCACCAUUGCGGUCCUUCAGAAAUAUGCGAGCGACAACUUCUUCCACAAGAAAUUCUUCAUUUACCAAGUCAAUUAUGGCGAUGCAGGAAUUUUCGUUCCCUUCUCAGUCAUUCCAACUAUAUUUGGUAUCUUACUUGGUCUUUCCUGGAAUGCUCUUGACCGGACGUUCCGCUCACUACAACCUUACUUCGCCAUGUCGUCUAAGUUGUCAACCAAGAUUACCGACGGUGCAGCAAAUACUUACGAAUCUUCGCAUUGGUUUUGGGCGUCUGCCAAAGCUGCUAAGCAUGGGCAUUGGUUGUUGUCAUUUGUCACUUUAGGUACCUUUGUGGCACAAGCUUUUACCGUUGCAUUGUCUGCUCUGUUUCAACAGGAUAUAGGAUACAUCUCUAAUCCUGUCAAUCUUGACAGAUCACUUGAGCUUCGCCAGACCCCCCACAUCCGCCAAAUCAACACAACCUACCCACCUGAGUUCAAUUCUUCGGCGCCCAUUUCGGACAGACUAUACAUUGGCGAGAUUGUAAAGGGGCUAUUUACCAAUCUUUCCACAAACUGGAUGUAUACUGCGGAAAUUCAGCUGACCAUGAAUGGAUCGGAACCUGAUUGGAGCAAAGACGGAUGGAGUUUCGUUCCUACAGACCUAUCUCGCAUUGGGUCUGAAAGCAAGACAGCAAUUGACGAUAGCACCCAGUCCGAAAACGAUAUCAGCACAGAUCAGUUCUCACCUGUCAACGUCACCUUAACGACGCCCGCGAUACGUGGUCGUGUCGAAUGCACACGCAACGAGAAAGCGGACAAUCUUGACAACUGGGGUACCAUUUCAGAGCCCAUAGCCGCUCGUGCUGCUGCGCCCAUGAAUAUGUCCCUGCCAUCGCAUGACAGUACAGGGCAUACAAUGCUCAAGCAAUUCAUGUUCUCCAGUGACAAGGAUUUCACCCCCAUAGCUCCAGAUGGUAGGUAUAUGACUUGCUGUGUGAACCAGACGGAUCCAACUCGUGUAGAUAGCUAUGAAAUGCCAGUGGCAGUUGGCUACUGGACUAGCUACUACUAUAACACUUCCCAGGCAGUCGAAUCUGUCACUGGCACAACCGGGAACUUCAGCGUCAAAUGGAUCCAUGGUGGAGGCGGUAGCCCCUGGUCGCCUAUGCGACAGAUGAUUGAGUUCUCCGAAACUCCAAAGUUACAAGCAUUGCAUUGUAUGCCCGUCAUAGAAAGAGCAGAUGCCAAUAUCACAGUCGACAAAAAAACUGGAAAGGUCCAAUCGUAUAAUCUUAUCUCCACACCAACACCCGACGAUAGCGCAUGGAGUGAAUCCUUCGUCGUCCGCAACCUCACAAACCCAGACGACCCAUUCGUACGCGAGCAGCUUGCACGAAAGAAGACUGGACAAGAUCUCAAAGUCGUCCAGAAUAUCACAACGAGCUAUGGCGUGCUCUUCCUCAACUCGCUCCUCCGCGCCUCCCGCCAAGUAUCCUGGACAGUAACAAACAUGGAAUACGACCGCAGCCUCAAAUACGAACAAGUCGACGAUAACGCAUUCAACAUCCGCAACAACUACACCGGCCUGAACCUAGACUUUAUGUCGUACGCCUCGUACAUACAAGCGGGCAAAGACGUAAACGCCCUCAACGACGCAACCACGCUCAUCAAACACACCCAGAAAACAUUCACCACCUUCUUCCAGCACUACGUCAGCAGCAGCUUCUCCAUGGAAGACGGCGGCUGGGCGUACCAGCCAAUCGGAACUAGUCUGAAAGACGUCGGAUCACCUGCGCCAGGGAGUAUCGCGGAACUCGCGCCGAAUGGGGCGAAGGCGGUGCCGGUAUCGAAGCUACCAGCUUCCUACACGCAGCGCACGACGGAAGCGAUGGUGACUACUCGCGUGGAAGUGCUUCGUAUGAAUCGGAUCGCUUUCUACGUCUGCAUUGCGAUUUUGAGCUGGCUUAGCGCGACUGCUCUGGCUAUUAUGGUUAGGCAAAGGAGUUACUUUAAUAAUUUGAGGAGGGAUAUUGAGUGUGUGGCUGAUGUGUUGGUGCUGGUUGCGGGGAGUGAGCGGUUGCUGGCGCUUGUGCGGGAUAAGGGUGUUGAUGGGUUGAAGGGGCAGAAUGUCAGUACUCGGUUGGGGUGGUUCAGAGAUGUAGAUGGGCGCAUGAGGUGGGGGAUUGAGGUUGUGGAGGAUGGUGAGAUAUUGAUGGAGUGA